AUGUGGAUGUACGUAUUGGCUUUGGUGGUCCUGUACUAUGUGGUGCGCUGGUUCCGUGAGCUGGAGAGAGUUCCAGACAAAGGGAGCAAGUACGUGUACAUCACUGGCUGUGACUCUGGCUUUGGAAACCUUCUCGCACGCCAUCUGGACAAGUGCGGCUUCUGUGUGGUGGCAGCAUGUUUCACAGAGAAGGGGGAAGAGGAGCUGAAAAAGUGCUGCUCAAGUAGAAUGUCUACAGUCCAUCUGGAUGUCAGAAAGCAGGAAAGCAUUGAUAAGGCUGCAGCCUUUAUCAAGGAGCGAGUCGGGCAGAAAGGUCUAUGGGCUGUGGUCAAUAACGCAGGGGUCUCUGUUCCCUCGGGUCCCUGUGACUGGUUGACCCUGGAAGACUACAAGUCCAUGCUGUCUAUCAACCUGGACGGAGUCAUCGGUGUGACCCUGAGUGUCCUUCCUCUCAUUAAGAAAGCUAGGGGACGUGUGGUUAAUGUGGCUAGUGUGUUUGGCAGGAUCACUCCAACUGGAGGACCUUAUUGUGUGUCCAAAUAUGGUGUGGAAUCAUUUAAUGACAGCCUCAGGCUAUGUAUGCACCCAUUCGGAGUGAAAGUUCUGUGUAUUGAGCCAGGUUUCUUUAAGACCAGUGUGACAGAUACAGAUGUGCUACUCAGAAAUAUUAAAAUGCUUUGGGAAAGAUUGCCAAAGGAGACAAAAGACGAAUAUGGAGACGACUACAUAAGCAGAGUGGAAAUAGUGAUGAGAGAAAAGUUCUCCAAGAUGACAGAUGAUGACUUGAUGAAGGUUGUGAGCUGUAUGGAACAUGCCGUCUCAGCCGUGCACCCUCGCACCCGUUACUCCCCUGGCUGGGAUGCAAAAUUUCUCUGGCUGCCACUCUCUUAUGCCCCCACCUGUAUUUCUGAUUACAUCUUUCUUAAAGAUGCUGUCAAACCUACAAAAAUGAUGGAUUAG